AUGCCUUCCGUCAUUCGCGAAAUUGGUGCCGAGCGCCCCAUCCUCUCUCGUGCCCCGCGAGAUGACGAAAAAUAUGUGAUGGAGAGAUACUCGCAACAUGCUCUUCGCUGCCCCGCCUGCAGUCGCCCGUACGAAACCUUCUGCAGUGGGAGGUCUCUUUGCGGCCGUGGAAACCUCUAUGCGACUAGCCUAUUGCAAUACGUGUACCAGAAGUGCGGACAACCCUACUCCUUGGUUGACCGUGAAUAUGGCCGUUAUAUCCAGGUUCAGAUUCCCCAUGACUGUCAAGUGGUGAAUGAUUUGCUCAAUGCGCUCGACAAGGGCCUUGUGCUCACCACUCGGAGACAGACUGCGCCGGUGGUUAUUCAUAACCCAAAGCCAGUUACUGAACCCCAACAAGAGCAGCCACGCAUAGUCCAGCGACGAACCACGCCUGCCACUAUUAUCCCCAACAACAGUCUGAACCUCUCUCGCAAUAGCUUAUAUAUUUACCGCCGUGGAUCGCUCUAUGGCGUGGACUUGAGCCGGCAGUCCUCACCGUCAUCCGCCCAGAGGGUUCGCAUCCCAAACACCUACCUGCGCUGA